CCACAUCGCCUCUUCCAGGCGGGUCGAACCUAUCCUAGCCACGCCCCCUCUGAAAUGCUUCUUCCCAUUUUUCUGCAGAAAGCUGAUGUGUAACUAACUUCAGUCUUCCCCGCUGCAAAAAUGUUCACUUUCGGAUCAAAAGUGAUGCUGCUGCUCCUCCUUGCUUUCCCCAGCGGCUUGAUAUCCGUGGGCCGAGUGUCCGCCAGCACCGAUUCGGCUGAGGAUGUCGACCCAGAUGCAUCCGUGGAUGAGGAAGAGGAAGAUGAUGAAGAAGAGAUGCCAGUAGAGGAAGAUCAGAUCCAAAGCUCAGAAGGAGACGACGACGCCGACGACUCUGAGAAUGACGAGAAGUUGUUAACUUCUCACUCUGAUGCCGACACAACCAUCGUCUUCACGACAGGAGAAGAGUUUCCUGCCAAUGAAAUCGUCCGGUUCCUGGUUGGUUUCACCAACAAGGGGAGUCAGGUCUUCACCGUUGAGUCCUUGGAGGCCUCCUUCCGUUACCCCCAGGACUUCCAAUUCUACAUUCAGAAUUUCACGGCUUUGCCUUUGAACACGGCGGUUCAUCCGGGCACGCAGGCCUCCUUCGAGUAUUCUUUCAUCCCGGCUCAGCCCAUGGCCGGUCGUCCUUUUGGUCUCGUUAUCCUCCUCAACUAUCACGACAACGAGGGCAAAGUGUUUCAGACUGCUAUCUACAACCAGACUGUCAACAUCAUUGAGAAAGAAGAAGGCCUGGAUGGUGAAACAAUGUUUUUGUACAUCUUCCUUACUGGGUUGGUGGUGCUGAUGCUCUUUGCGAUGUACCAGGUCCUGGAGUCUCGAACGAAAAAGAGAAUCCCCGUUAAGAUAGAGAAGGGCACUGGGGGGAUGAAUGAUGUGGACAUCAGCUGGAUUCCUCAGGAGACUCUCAAAGUCAUGAACAAGGCCUCCCCUAAAACGUCGCCACGGAAACGGACCAAGCGGGCAGCCGGAGCGGAUCAAUAAAGCUUCCGCUUACCCUCCAGUCUACCUAAAGUCCGUGAGGAUUUCAAAGCGCCAUUUCUUCACGCAUGUCUCGUGUGUGACAGAUAGCAGUAUUUGGACUUUAAUCUCUGCUCUGCUGCUCUUCAGUUGACACCUUGACAGUUGCCUGACAGAACUGUUGUUCAUUUUAAUGUUUUUUUUUCCAACAGUAUGAUUGUUGGUGUGUGAAUGUCAGAGACGGGACAGGAUAUGGAUAUGCAUUAAUGCAUUUUCUCAUAAGAAUGUUGUGAUGUUAUCAUUAUGAGACAAAUGAAUCCUCACUACAUUAAGUGCCUUAUGUGUUUCUGCCAUUUCACAGGACUCCACAAAGUUAGAAUUACCAUAAGAAUCUUUUUCAUUGCACAAUGUAAAGCAAAAUUGAAGAAUUGAGAAAUGACAUACAGUUGUGAUUUAACAAGAACAACAAAAAUGCUUUUUGACCUUAAAUAGUAUAGUUGGGUGAUGGCAGCUGCAAUUUGAACAAACUUUUUUUCUGAAGGUUAGACACCUCAAGGAGUCUGCAGCAGCCUCUUUAUUGGGGCGUUCAAACACCUUUUUGAGAAUAAAAAAAUGUG